AAAGAAAAAGGAACACAAACCGUUUGCUUUUACAUAAUUAAAUAACCUAUUUAUUAUCAUUUUCUGGGACUUUCCCACAACGCUGCUCUUCUUCUCGCUCUGAACUCUGAACUCUAUUGGCAAAAUGGCCAAGACCGCUUAUGUUGUCGUGCUUCAGUUUGCGUUGCUGUUAAUCAUUUCAAAAGCUGAAUCUAUCAGUCUCCAGCCUCAAGCUCUCGAUGCUUUCAAUCUUAGUUUAAUCCAGACCGUGGGGAGCUGUAAGUAUACGGUGAUCAUAUCAACCAGCUGUACCUCACCAAAAUACACUCGCGAUCAGAUCAGUCUUGCUUUUGGCGACGCUUAUGGCAAUCAGAUCUAUGUACCAAGGCUGGAUGAUCCAUCAAUUAGAGCAUUCGAGAGCUGCUCUUCUGAUACAUUUCAUGUAACUGGACCCUGUACAUCUCAAAUAUGUUAUAUAUAUCUGUACAGAAGUGGACCUGAUGGCUGGAUUCCUGGAAGAGUGGAUAUUUAUGGUUACAAGUCAUUUCCUUCUACAUUUAACUUCUACACUCCUAUUCCGAAUGAUAUUUGGUAUGGAUUUAAUCGAUGUGGUAGUGCCUCUUCUGCACAUGUACGGAGAAUUCGAAGAUGGUUCUUGUAUCCGAUUCUGGCAGUUGUUGCUAGCCUCAUGCUGUAAUUCUUGCCCAGGUGAUAUGGUUAUGCAAAUGCUAAACUGGGACUAUUGUGUUAGUAAUUGGAGUGGACAGUCUGCUUUUUGGCUUCUGGUUUCAAACUAUAGUCAGCUUGCUUUGUAUUAUGUCUUUCUAAAUUAUUACUAUUCGUAAUUACAGCAGAGAGAUAAGUAGCUAACAAUGCCUUGAUCGCAAAAAUGUCCUGAAAUGAACAUAGGCACAAUAUUGCUUUAUAGUGUGUGUGUAUAUAUUUCUUAAAAGAAUAGAGUUUGUUAUUUAUCGGAA